GAGCAAAGAAACCCAAGCCCGGCAGCACCCAUCCCUUUGAGAAACCAGUGAGAAAGCUUGAUUUUUGCCCUUCUUUUCUUGUUCAAGAACAAGAUUUAAGCUUGGAAAUCUUCCCCCCCCCCCCCUUCUGCAAAAUUUCAGAUCUGCUCUGCUCUUCCUCCCUUGUCCAUCGGUGCUACUAGGCACAAAUUUCUAGGCUUUUUCUGCCCCGUGAGCUUCCCCUCCAACUCCCGCAGACUACCAAGCUCGCCAGACCCGGUUUGCUGGCCGAAAAUUUGGAAUUUUUCCUUCCAUGCCGCCGGCCUGCCCCCCAAAUUGCAGCUCCGGUUUUUGCUGCUAAAUUCUGGUGUUGUUAUGGUUUAGAGCACUUGGAUUGAGUCUUCGGUUUUAUGCGAGUGAGGAUCCAGUCAAAUACCCAGAUGAUAUGAGUCAAAGUUUCAAGAGUUUUCUGAAAGGAUUGCUCAAUAAGGUUCUUGAUUAUUUUGUCACCCUAGCACUUGGAGUUGAGUUUUUUGCGUUAUGCGAUUGAGGAAGUGAGACUCGAACCACGGUUAAUUAGGGGGAGUGACGAGCUAGAAGGCUAGUUAGUAAUUUGGACUUUGGCCAUUAGCCACACAUGCUUGACAUAAAUGUGAAAUGAUAAAUCAUUUUUUUUUUUUGUAUACUGAGUUUCGCUUGGUUAUAGCCAUGACUGUCUUAUAAACUUUUGUACAUCUUUUACUAGUAAAUUUUUGGUAAUUAUGAACACAAUAGAUUCCAAGCCUUGUGCAUUUGUGGGACUCGUUUAUGAGUGCACGGCGUCUGUUUCGCUCUUGGUUUUGGGGCAUGACAGAUUUUUAUGGUAUCAGAGCCUAGGUUUAAAUUAAAUACCUAGGAUUUGUUUCAAACUUGGCUAGCCAAUGAAUUAUAGGAACAUGGUUUUGGUCCUAGAAGUGGAAACUUGUUGGGAAACUCUAAUUUAGGGCACUUGAUUAAUAGUUUAUGAAUCUUCUAUUUGGUUAUAGAUGGCUCCAAAGCGACAUGGGCGCUCGAGGGGUGGCCAUAAGGAUUAGGGCACUCCUCCAAUCCCAACUAUUAGCCCCUCUAUCAAAGUUGCUCCUCAAGAGAGAAGGACGAGUAACCCUCAAAUGGCCACUUUUGUUCAGGAAUUUAUGGUGGAGAUGAGACGCUAAGCAUCUUCUGCCACGAGUGUGCCACCUCCAUCCCUAGUGGUUUCCACUCCUACGGCCCCUGUUCCUAUUUCUCCUGCUCUUAUAUCUUAUGCUCUUGUUGUGCCUAGCUGGAAGGUCUAUACAGAAUUCCAGAAGGUGGUGACCAAGAAAUUUGAUGGUACCGGGGGUUUUAAGCAGGUGGGGUCAUGGAUUACCGAGGUGGAGAGGGGAUUUCACCUACUGAAGAUUUCUGAUGACCUUAAGGUCGAUGUGGGCAGUUAUAUGCUUACGGGUGAAGCAUUGACUUGGUGGGAGAGUUACUUGAAGCUACACCAAGGAGAGCCUGAAUUGAGCACCUGGGAUGGUUUUAAAAAGAUGUUCAUGCAAGAAUACAUACCCGAUAGCAAAAGGUGUGAGCUGCAAAGGGAAUUUGUAGAUCUUAAGCAAGGGUCACGUACUGUUGAGCAGUACAAGAAGUUUGACUGCUAUCUGCCUUUUGUGGGUAGUCAAGUCGGGGAUGAGCAAGGCAAAGCUGAUAGAUUUUUAUGGGGCUUGAAUCUUAACAUUUAUCUGCCGGUGAAUCAAUUCAAACCCGCCACUUAUAGAGGGGUGGCGGACAGAGCCAUAGAUUAGGAGAAGGCUAUGGCUAGAGUCAAGACACCAGAUCCGCAAAAAGUUGGGUCAUCCCUUGGGAAGAGAAAGUUUGAUGGGAGCCGUAAACCCUUUAUCUCUGUACUGCCUAAGUUUGAUACUAGCAAGGGUUCUAAAAAGCUAAGGGUUGCCAAGACUGUGGGUCAGGCAUCAGCAGCCAGUGUACUCAUCCUGCUCCACCUAUUUGCCACACUUGUGGAAAAGUUGGGCACAUUCGUGACCAGUGUCACAUUACUACUGGGGCUUGCGUUAGAUGUGGUAAGCAGGGACAUCGAGUUGCUAAUUGCCCGCAAUCGAACCCCAGAGCUCAGAGUACUCAAUCUACAUCUCAGCAGGGUUCUACUAAUCAAGGGGCACAAAAAUAGAAUGUCGGGGUUAGGACAAGAGCUCAGCAGGCGAAAGUGCACGUGAUGACUCAUAAGGAAGCUGCGGCUACCGAUGUAAUCACGAGUACUCUACUUGUCAAUUCUGAUUAUGCACAUGUUUUAUUUGAUUCAGGUGCAUCACACUCUUUUAUAGCUCGAUCUUAUGCUUUGAAACGAGCCUUACCUAUUGAUACCUCUGAUUUUGAACAGCAUAUGGACACCUCUUUAGGAGGGGUGAUGACUACUAGAGAUGUGUGUAGGACUGUAGAUAUUUAUGUUGAUGGUAGACAAUUAAGUGCUAGCCUGUUUGUUUUAGAUAUCUCUGAUUUUGACAUCAUUUUGGGGAUGAAUUGGCUAUCAAAAUACUUUGCCUCUAUAAAUUACAACUGUAAAU